CUCAGGUCUCGUACAUGUGGGUCAAUAGUAAUAGAGCCAUCAUUUCCUAUCAGCGAUUCUAGACUAUCAUUAAAUAAUUGUACUUGUCUGUCAGUUCGAGUCGCCGGAUGCAACUGGAUGUAUCUCGAGGAAUGUGAAUUAGACAUAAAACAAAUCAAGAAAGUCGAACUUUGAAGAGAAGAUUUUAAAAUGAAAGGAUCAAAUGUGAGUCAGUGAUUGUUUUUAUGUACUUGACAGGCGUUAUUUGUUUGAAGCGAGAGCACAUUAAGAAUUGGGAAUCGGCGGAGAGAAAGACCGAAGAAGUGGUGGUAAUCGGGCUUUUGUAGUCCAAGUACUGGACACGAUUUGGCUAGCGGCGAUCAGUACGACCAGUACUGUCGACUGUCAAACAGUUCACUUAACCAGCAACAAUGUCCGACGUCGAAGGAGAGGAUGAGUUUCAAGAUGCACAGGAAACUAUCACGAGACCGACUACUAUGGACUUGGAUAGAGCGAUAGAUGAAGCAGAGAAAUCGAUAAAUUUGUUUUUUAAUAAUGAUUUUGAGAGUGCUAAAAAAAUUCUUGAGCCUUGGGCGGACACGAGUAUGUAUCACUCCCUGGGAACAGCUAUUUUUGCUUGUAUUGAGGCGUUCUUGACAGUCGAGCAGCAAAGUAUAGCCAAACUCUCAGAGGCUUUAAAGCUAUGCAUGAAUGUAUGCUCCAAGCAACGUCGUCACGUUACUCUCCCACAAUAUAUUGGAAAAAUGGUCACGAAAACUAAUUAUGACAACUAUACAGAUGAGGAGGUGCAUGCGGAACUAUGCUAUGCUGAGUCCCUGCUAUUGAAGGCGAUGCUUACGUUUAUCGAAGACGAAACGCUGGUCAGCUUCGUCAAAGCCGGAUUGAAAAUUCGCACUUGCUUUUUCAUAUAUAAAGAGUGCCUCAUAAUUUUGAAAUCACGCAACUGGACGAAUGAAGCACACAGAUUGCACUUUGAGAGUGGUGUCCGAAUGGGUAUCGGAACAUUCAAUCUUAUGAUAUCUUUGCUACCAGGGAGAGUUAUCAAAUUACUCCAGUUUAUUGGAUUCUCCGCUGAUAAGGAAUAUGGACUGAGGGAGCUACAAUUGGGGUAUAACGAGAAACGAGGAAUGCGCCAAGUCUUAUGCGUAAUAACACUAUUGUCCUACCAUCUGAUAGUGACAUUUAUUUUAAGCCACACAGAUGGUGAUCUUGACUUUUGCAAAGAAGCACUUGAUGAGCAACUGGAUCUCUACCCAAAUAGCGUAUGGUUUUUAUUCUUCAAGGGCCGCCUUGAGUUUACACAGGGAAAUAUGGAUGAAUCCAUAGAGUGGUACAAAAAAUCGUGGAAAAGCCAGGAAAUGUGGCCCCAGUUUCACCAUUUAUGCUUCUGGGAGCUCAUGUGGGUGCACUGCAUCAAACAAGAGUGGGAUGAGGCUCUUUUCUAUGCAAUAUCACUGGCUGAAAAAUCUAAUUGGUCUCGAACAAUAUAUCUGUAUCAGCAGGCUGCAAUUAUGAUUAUGAGAAAACCAGAUGCCAAAAGCUCUGAUCGUGAUUGCAUUAGUAAUCUCAUGAUGCAAGUACCAACGUACAAACAGAGGAUAGCUGGCAAAUCUCUGCCAAUGGAGAAAUUUAUAUGCAAAAAAUCGGAGAGAUAUUUCUCACAGAGUAAAACUCUAGUCGUGCCUAUUUUCGAAUUAAUGUUCCUAUGGAAUAUUUUCCGUAUUGCCGGUAAACGUAAGGAGCUCAUUAUGAGUCUGUACAAGGCUAUUGAGAAUGAGGAGAAGUCUCUGAAAUCCAGUUCAAAGACCGACUAUGAUGCAGAUAAUACCGCACUUCUGUUGCUGCUCAAGGGUGCAUGCCUGCGGCUAAUGGAUCACCCUUUGCUGGCAGAGGAUUGCCUCAGGCAAAUUAUCAAGAUGGAGAAGCAAAUAAAGGAGGAUACGUACUUGGUACCCUAUGCUGUUGUCGAGCUGGCGGUUCUGGCGCGGGACAACGGCGAUAUUGCCACCGCUAUUGCCCUCCUCGAGGAUGCCAAGCGUAAUUACACUGGAUAUUUUCUCGAGUCACGUCUGCAUUUCCGAAUCCACGCAGAUUUGCUAGAAUUGAACAAUAAGAAAGUUGGUAAUGGGACGAUGAUUGAGGUUGCUGAAGAAGCUUAAGAAGCUACAAAAGCUGUACUGUCAGAGCUGAUUUCUAAUAGUACUGUCAAUUAAAAGUACUUUCGUAUUGAAAUGCAAUUAUUCGAUAUUUGGGACCUAUCAUAAUGUUGUUUUCAUAAUUCCAUUAUUGUAAUUUAAAUUUAUAGUAAUGUGUGAUGGGCCGAGAUCUAUUAAAAAACCAAAUAUUAUGUAUUAUAAUAUAGUGUAUAUAUAUGUA